CACACUUGUGGAUGCUGGAGGCCUGUGAGCUCCCUGGUCCCCUCACCCGGCAUUGGAGCGACACGGAGUGGUGGCCUCUGAGAGGGACCCAAUUCCUUCCUACCCUUGCUGCUCGCGAUCCCGCCAUGGAGACGCUGUCUCAGGAUUCCUUGCUGGAAUGUCAGAUCUGCUUCAACUACUACAGCCCGAGGCGGAGGCCCAAGCUGCUGGACUGCAAGCACACGUGCUGUUCUGUGUGCCUGCAGCAGAUGAGGACAAGCCAGAAGGAUGUGCGGUGCCCCUGGUGCCGGGGCGUCACCAAGCUGCCCCCUGGCUUCUCCGUGUCACAGCUCCCCGAUGACCCGGAAGUCCUGGCCGUCAUUGCCAUUCCGCACACUUCCGAGCACACCCCAGUCUUCAUCAAACUUCCCAGCAACGGGUGCUACAUGCUGCCGCUGCCCAUCUCCAAGGAGCGGGCGCUACUGCCAGGAGACAUGGGCUGCCGCCUGCUGCCCGGGAGCCAGCAGAAGGGCCUCACCGUGGUGACCAUCCCCAGCGAGCAGCAGCCUCUGCAGGGCGGUGCCACCCCGGAAGCGGCCGAGGAGGAGCCCGACCGGCGGGGCGUGGUGAAGAGCUCCACCUGGUCGGGGGUGUGCACUGUCAUCCUGGUGGCCUGUGUCUUGGUCUUCCUUCUGGGCAUCGUGCUGCACAACAUGUCUUGCAUUUCUAAGCGCUUCACCGUGAUAUCCUGCGGCUGAAGCGGGUGCAGUGGAGGCUCUGGUGG